AUGGAGAAAGAGUCGAAAACAGAGAUGGAUUUAAUAGCCGAAGAGCGUUAUACUUUUGUCAUUGUGGGUGGAGGCAUCGCCGGAGUUACGUGUGCUGAAACAACUGCCAUAUGUUGUCCCGAGCAGCCAAUUUUGUUAUUAACAGAAUCAAAUAUUAUCAAGACAGUUGCCAAUCUGGAACCUGUGGCUCGUUAUCUAUACAAAUUUGAUGUUCAAGAAAGAACACUAGCGGGUACUUGCGAAGAGAGUUCUAAACGAUUGUUUUACCCAACUGUAACAACGCAGGUGGGUACUUUGCAACAUGUGGAUGCAACGGAUAAAUAUAUUAUAACAUCUAGAGGAAAGAAAAUCUUUUACGAGUAUUUGUGUAUUUGUACUGGAGGCAGACCACGUCUUAUUGAAGCAAAUAAUCCAUUGGUCUUGGGUAUACGCGAUACUGACUCGGUGUUAGAACUACAAAAACGUCUGGAAAAAUCCAAAAGUGUUGUUCUGGUGGGUAAUGGAGGAAUUGCUAGUGAGUUGGCAUAUGAACUUAAGGGCGUAGAGGUUCAUUGGGUUGUAAGGGACAACCAUAUCGCUUCCACAUUUAUUGACCCUGGAGCAGCAUUCUUUUUUCAGCAAGCAAUGGAUAAAAAACAAGAACAGACAUCCUCAACGCAAAGCCCAGAAAAUGCAAGAGGAAUAAUUAAACGAUUGCGUUUUAACGAGAUAACAGCAUCAACAAUCGACAGCAAGAAAGGUGCAGCCUUGGGUCCAGAUUGGCACAAAAAUUUUGAGUUGAAAGGUUCAUGUUGUAGUGAGAAUACACCGAAGAUACACUUUAAGUCCGUCAUAAAAAGCAUGUGUGAUAUUUUUGAUGAAACUCAAAACAAGAAACUAAUGAAAGUUGAGUUAAGUACAGGUGAAGUCUUGUUUUGUGAUUUUGUGGUAUCGGCGACUGGGGUUGACCCCCGAUUAGAUUACAGUUGCAAGCCGCCCCUUAAUAUCGAUGCCACAGAUAAUGGAAUUAGUGUGAACGAAAUGAUGCAAACUUCAAACGAAUAUGUGUUCGCAGCAGGUGAUGUUUGCACAGCGUCUUGGGAUAAGGCUGAUCACUGGUUUCAGAUGCGAUUAUGGACCCAAGCACGACAGAUGGGAUCGAUGGCAGGCAGAAGCAUGGCUGCACAUUUCCUUAACGAAACUAUAUAUCAGGAUUUUUGCUUCGAACUCUUCGGACAUGUGACUCAAUUAUUCGGUUUGUCAGUUAUCCUACUGGGUCGAUAUAAUGGCCAAGGACUAGGUACCAAUUAUGAAAUCCUCCUAAGAACUACACCCGGCCAAGAAUAUAUAAAGUUUAUUUUGAAAGAUGGUAAAUUACGCGGAGCUAUACUCAUUGGCAAUACAGAACUGGCUGAAACUUGUGAAAACCUUAUUCUUAACGGCAUUGAUUUAACACCUUUCGGUGACGACAUUCUUAAUCCCGAUAUCGACAUUGAUGAUUACUUUGAUUGAACAAUAAAAAUGUAGAAACAAA